AUGGGUAAUGAGUCGAGCAGUAUCCCCUCCGAAUGUACUACACCUACUUCCGAAUGGCAGUCUGUACAGUCGUUCGGAUCAAAGCGUCGUUCAUCUGUGUCGUCCACACGCCUUCCCACCCCUACGGACCCACCUGAGCCAGAUCUGGCGCACCUGUCCGAGGAUGAAAUCAAACAAAUCCGUUCUGUGAUUGGUCGGGCCAAGGAACUGCAGGAGGAAGAGAAGAAACGGAUCAGGGAUUUAGAACAAGACUACACAGCUUAUGCAUUAACGGUGGAACAACGAGCACAAUCUGUGGAACCUGACCUCAAGGACGUACCGCUAUGUCCACUCUGCAUGAAGAACGAGCUACGUAUGGAUGGCUCGGGCAUGCGCAAAGGCCAGGAUGUUUGUGUAGAUUGCGAAAAACUUACUUGUGCGGAAUGUGGAUCUUUCGAAGGUUCUCUAACGACUAGACUACAGGAAUGGGUGUGUACUGCCUGUCAGAAGCGCCGAAAGUUGGUUCUAAGUACUGGGAUGUGGCAUCCGGGGGUGGAGCCAACAGCAGAUGUACCACUGUCAAAACAGCUAGAAACCCGGAUGGAAACAAUGAAGGAAAAGGAUAAUGGAAAACAUCAAAGAGAACGAAACAACGUUAAAACCUCUUCAGAUAAAGGAAAUGGGCGGACAUGUGCAGAAAGGUCAAACGGAAGAAACCCAGCAGAGAGAGGAAACGGGAGAAAUUAUUCUGAAAAACCAAACGGGAGAAAUUCAGUUGAUAAAGGAAACGGACGAAAUGCAACUGAUAAAGGAAGUAAACUUGAUAGGUCUGUGUCAGAAUCUGAACCGGUGAAAGUGAAACCUCCUUUACCGAAAAAACCAGCAAUUUUACUACAUCAAACCUCACUGCCAAAUACAGUGGUCCCACCCGUACCAGCACCUCGAUCUGGGCUUCCCCCGAAAGAUGCUUCGAAAAGCACCGAAGGCAGUAGAGAAUCGUUGAUAGAUAGCCCAGUUUCGGAAGACGGUCCAUCUAGUUCCGGUGGUCAAUCGAGACUUCGAGCGAUGGGCCAAGGUGCCAGGAGUGAUUCGGAAACCUCAGUGUCUGAUGUGGAUAUGGAAGAUGUCUCUAUGCACUAUUACCAAGGCGAUGGGAUGAGUACGGACGAUGUAAGUGAUGAUUAUUCGAUGAUGAGCAUCGGAAGUAGUGAUGACAGUGGUAGACUUCGCAGGAAACACCGCCCAAGGUCUCUCAACAUUCCGCGUUCUCACAGUGCUACGUCAUCAGAUGACGAGACUACGGAUAGUACUAUAAGCACAGACACCGAGAACCGACUAGCUCCUCUAGCCGUAAUGAAUGAGGCAAGAGUUGCUUUGGCUGCAUGUGCAUUCGCAGAAGAAAUGGAAGACUUCAAAGGAGAGUCUUCUGUGGAUGAAAUUAUGGACAAAUAUGAUUCGGAUGUGCCGGAUGAUUUGAAAUCACAUAUGAGCCCAUCGCCCCCAAGAAGUCCGAGUUGGAGGGCAGGUAUUGAGAGUCCACCAUUUUCGCCAAAACGGAGGGACUCUUAUCCUGGUAAAAAACGUCCCUCGUCUCCGGUGUCUCCAAAAGACAGUCGCUUGCAAUUUACAUACGAUGUGUCUCCCCCUGUUCGCCAGCUUUCGGUUGAAGAGUUGUACGCUGAGGCACAUGCCCUCGGUGAGGCGGGGUAUGCCGUAAUGCCAGUCGUGCAAAAGCCUUCACCGAUAUCACCAGAGGAACUAGCUGAUGAUAUGAUUACAACUAUGGGUGAACCUUUCCUUCUUAAAAUGCCCGAAAGCAAACCGUGUCAUAAUCUCCAUGAACUUGACACUAGUCAUAUAGACCUCCCCGAUACCGCUGUAGCUAUUGACCUCGCCACAUAUGCCGCUACUAUCGCGAGUAACACUGCCAAUCUAACACAAAUGACUGUGUCUCCCACUAACUUACAAGUUUUACCCGUUCAUGAGCACGAUCAGAUUUCUCCGGACUCGCAGGAUACUGAAAGUACAGAAAGCGCAUCACCGAUUUCUCCCAGUUAUUAUGAAAAUGGGUCUGAUGAUUUGGAAGACGUUGAACUAGCAGAUCCAUCUUCAAAAGCAAUAGAUUAUCAGGGUUCUAAACGCCAAAAGGUGCGGCCACCGUCAACCGACUGGUCUCCUGUGAUCGAUUUGUCUCCAAUUUUAGACGUGUCGCCAUCGAUCGAAGAAGCAGAGAGAGUCGAUAUGUUUGAAAAACAGGAAGAAGAGCGACGCAGGAGAGAAUCACAAGAAGAAGAUGAUGAUGACGAUGAUGAAGAUUAUGAUAGUUAUUUUCAGCCUCUCGAGGAUGACGACGAAAAAAUAUCUUAUUAUGGUUUAAAGAGGUAUGAUAGGGUAGAAAAUAUAUGUCAACUAUUACAAAGCAAUGGCCCUAACUUAAGUGAUGAUCUGACCAGUUCUGUGGAGGCAGCUUGUAUGACAGUGGACGACAGUGGUCUGGUCAAUGAUAUCACAGGGCAUCCUUUCACCUGUGCAACACUAGCUUCAAAGUCGGUGACUAAGGACGUGAUAUUGAAAAGUCAGGCUUGUAGUUCAGAGGUGCAAACAACUUCAUCUAGUAAUCAACCUAAAGUAAGUCUAGUUCAGAGUAGGGUUAAUUCGUUUGAACAACCCGAAAAGGGUGCUUCCUGUUCUGGUUCAACUUGUUCGUCAGCUGCAAAACCGAGUGAACCUGGGGAAAAGCCCCCUAAGCCUCCUAUUCGACCGCGGAGGAAGUUACCAGAGCCUACCGCAGAAAUGAUAGCUGCACAUACGAAAAAACACUCCAAAUCAUCGGGCAAACAUCACGCUAGUGUACAAUCAUCGGGCGGCGCUUCUGCCUCUUCCAGUUCCUAUGUAAAACUCAUUCCACAAUCGAGUGAUAUUCCACAGCGACCGGAUGUUAGAACUAGUGACACGAAUAAUAACAACAAUAACAACAAUAAUAAUAACAGCAAUAUAAAUGUAGUGCAAGGCGUUGAUUUGGAUGAUAAACGGAAAAAGGCCAAGGACAUGAAAGCAAAGCCAAAUCCACUUCUGAUACGCCACAUUGAGUCGGAGGAACAGAGUAUGUCUCCCCAGUAUAAGGUUCUUGACUCACCUCCGAGUCCGGAGUCCCGCUCCUCACUGAAAAGGGACUACUCCGACAGCACUUCUGUGUCUCCCUCCUCUUCCCCUGACCGGGAGGUGUAUCCCUUCCCAUCACCCGUCACCCCUCCCGAUUCUGACUCUUCCCCACCCAAGCCUCAUUCUCCCUCCUCACCGGGUACAGACUUUGAUGAGGAUAGCACGUACGAAAAACCCACUCCAUCUAAACGUUUGCCACACCUCAAUAAGACCUUUGAGGAGAAAUCUUUGGCCGAGUCCAAGGUCAAGGACAAAAUCAAGAAAUUCGAGCAGGUGUCUCAGGAAACAAAGAAGACAAGAAGAAAAUUACCUCCGAUUCCUACUGGUGAUGAAUCCUCAAGUAGUUCAAAACAGAAAAGUCAAACUUCAUCUUCCCGGAAACAUCACACCCAUGUUAGAUCUGAAAAUCGGCGGAAGCGUACCGGUUAUGGCACACCAUCGUCAACUAGCGAUGAAUCAAUGAAUGAAGAUGAUUUCGAAGUUGCUAUGUGGACUAAUCAUCACCAUAAAAGUCACACUAGAAUGAACGACCUGGAUAAGCCAGCAUCGAUGGAUAAGCGAAACGGUAACUACAUACCUGCCGGUGAUCCAUCAAAAGACAAGCCUAUGAAGGCAGUGAAAGCAAAUAUACCUCUUGAUAAAGAUGUCCUGAUGGGGGCAGUUGGCGUCUCUGAAAGGAAUGACCAAAGGAGUAAGGAUAGAGAAGAGACUGAUGAAAUGAUAGAUUCAAUGAUAAACAUAUACGGUGUCCCUAUAACACAAGCAAUGAAGUCGCUCAAGAAGAGACUACAGGACGAGCUCAGAAAAGCAACUGAGGGAAGAAGAAGACGAAUUGAAGAGUUUGAAGAAAUACGGGCUCUUCAACUGCAAAUAGGAGAACUUAAGCUCAGCUCAGAAUAUGCCAAAUCUCAAUUAAAGAGAUCUAUGCAGCAAAGGUCUAAUAAAAAUGUUCUAGGCCAAAACGGCAAAAAGCGCGGUACUUCACCUUUGCAAUCUGCGCGUUCUUCGCCCCAAGUUCUACCCAGACGUUCACGACACAAGCGUCAGACGUCAGAUCCGAUGAUAUCUAAGUUUUCGCCCAUUAAAGAGGAUAAAGAUGUUGAAUCAGAUUUCCAAUCUAAAGGAAAGUCGGCUUCCUCGGAGCAAACACAUAUGAAGUAUAUUACAGAUGAUAGCUCGCAAUCAGGUUUAAGUGACAAUGAAAGUAUACGUUCUGAACCCGUUUCAAAUGCACGUUACAAGAAAAUAAAACCUUCAGCUUAUGCAAAAAUGUUUUUCAAUGCCUCUUACGAUGAGUCAAAAGGACCGGAAGGAGAACAGUCUACACUACCUGGUACAAAAUCAAAGAGUCGCUCCGAAUCCCACAUACCACAAAAGGUGAAAAAGGCAACUCGAUCUCCGUCAUGUUUUGGAGUCGACGAGGAAAUAAAAGUGCGUGAAGAUAGAAAACAAGAAUUGCAAAAUGAAAUCGAGAAGAGAAAGAAGCAACUCGAAGAAACAUCUCGUCUUCAGGCAGAGUUGUUAAAUUUGACGCGUACUUCUGGCCACGCUAUGGCCCACAGUUAUGACGAUCUGCCACGAACGGCAGGAUACAACUACCCUGCCACACGACCUAUUCCAACAGGCAUUAUAAAACCGCUUGAAGACGACGAAGAAAACGAGUUCCACUAUCCGAGCAGACGUCUUGAUGAUGACAAAGGGUCAUGGGAUAAUUUCCAGCAGCAGGCAAAUUACAGUUCCACCGAAUAUUUAGCUCAUAAGCAAGAAACUUCGCGUAGAAGUCGCGUUGAAGAAAUGCAUUCUGCGUAUUCUAGUCCUUUUCUUUAUAGUGGUAAUAUUGAUGACCCUCAUGCUUUUAAACCCACGAUCCAACAAUCUGAUUUCUUCCGCAAGUCUGAUCCCGUCAGAGACCCAGUCAUGUCUAGCAGCGUCACGUUACCAGAGCUUCAUUCUGCCAGGACUGUCGACAUUGAAUAUCAAACAAAAGAUACCUUUUCUGACACUGAAGCAAGUCCACCAAGUGAUCCUACUCCCGCCAUGCCUUUGCUUGAUGACGUCAAAGCCAGGUCACGUAAGAUUAUUCACGACAUCGGUGCCGGAAGUAGACCCGUUUCUGCUGAAUUCAACUUUACUGGAGGCGUUGAUGACCUCAUGAAUGCAAUCUAUAGGGCAGAAAGUGACAAUAGUGUAGAUGCUGACGAACCGAUCAUGAAGCAUAUGAUGGAAGGCGGUGUCACGAUUCUGAAGCAACUUGAAAGGAAAAAACCGUUGAAGCCUUCGCAGCCGAAGAAAUAUGAUUUCCCAACCAAGCGGAUCUUACUUACUAGGGAUCCAAAAGACAGAUCCAUCAAAGCAGGUAAUGGUAUUGGGAUGAAAAUUGUUGGCGGUAAAACAAUGUCAUGGACAAACGAGGUGGGAGCUUAUGUCACGGCCAUAUACCCAGGAGGUGUGGCCGAGCAGCUGCAUGGAGAACUUCAGGAAGGUGACCAGAUAGUCGAGUGGAAUGGGAUUGAGUUGACGACAAAAACAUACGAAGAAGUUCAACAGAUCAUCGGUCAGCCAAAUGGCGAGAUAGAACUGGUAGUUCGACCAUCGCACACAAAGGAGACAGAUCCCGGAAGUUGUCACUCGUCCUAUGAUAACCUUGAGUUUGUACCUGAUGACGUUUAUGAGAAGUGUUUGAAGUCCAACCACGGUGUUGAUCCAAAGCAACUUGCAGCGCAAUUAGAGGGCAUUCAGGAGAAGGACUCACCAGCUGGAUCAGCGUCAUCGUCUCAACCUGAGUUCCUCACACCCAGUAUGUCAUCUCCAUGCAGUUCCCCUCAUUCUGAUCCUACCUCCACCUCCUCUGACAGACAGCGACAGGUCAGCGUUCCAGGCAGUGCGGAGAAAGAAAGACCAGCCAACAUGGCAACUAAACCGCAAGAACAGCCAGCUGAGGAAGACGUGAUACAGCCCGUCUUCGAGAAAGAGAGAACUAUGGGUGAUAUUCAGUUACAACUAAGCCAUGACGACUUGGACAACACUCUCAGUAUCCACAUCAUUGCGGCAAAGAACCUUAUUUCACAAGACAUGAACGGGUUGUCAGAUCCUUUUGUCAAGAUUUAUCUUCUCCCUGGUCGAUGCGCAGAGAACAAGAGGCGGACCAAGCACAUUUCGAAGACGCUUUGUCCGGAGUGGUAUCAGACAGUAGUGUUCCAAGACCUCCAUAGAGAAGAGCUCCAAUACAAGACGCUGGAAAUCACAGUGUGGGACUACGACAGAUUCAAAGCCAACGAUUUCUUAGGCGAGGUCAUUAUUGAUUUAUCUGUGCCUGGUUUCCUUGACAAUCUGCCACACUGGUAUCCUUUACGUGAACACGACAACACCACUGGUGUAGAACUUCCAAAGCCGACGGUGCUACCACCUACCGUGAGACCAUCACAAAAUAACAUUCGCACCGGAUCACCCAAUCAUUCGAGAGGCAGCAGAGAUUCCCCAAGCAAACAGUAUAGGGGCGGGAAAGGCGAUGGGCUUGGCGGUAGAAGGAGGUCGUUAGGAGCAUUGACAGAUGUCGACAGACUAACUACUUCUGAAUCUAUGGACAUCUCUUCGACUCACUCUUCGCCUCUUCUGCCGCACAAACCACGUGACAUGCACCUUCAGUCGUCUGAGCAUGCUCCUGGUAAAGUAGUCCAUUGUUUCAGUGGUUUGUCGCACAUCCUGUCUGUAGCACGUCACAUCCUGUAUCCCCGUUCAAAGAAGAACAAAUACUGUGCACGCCUAUCACAUCGGCUCCUCCCUAAGAAAAAUAGCGAAAACAGCAAAAAGAAUGGGUAUGAAGACAGUGUGGCAAUACCAUUCAUUCGGAUGAUAUGGACUAUCAUUUUCAGAUUUGUCAGUUAUGGCAGUUAA